AUGGAUUCCAUACUCGGAAAACGCGGUCACGAAGAUGACCACUACGAAGACCAAGGCCAGAAAUGCCAGAAAGGCCAGAAAUGCCAGAAAGGCCAGAAAGGCCAACAAGACCAAGAGCGCCCCGCGGAGAAGAAAUUCUUCGUGGGCAAAUGCCUGCAUUGCGGGAAAGCCGGUCACCAAUGGAGCUUCUGCUUCCAGCAGUGCAUGCACUGUCAUAGCAAAGUCCAUGCCGCGACGAGAGACCGCUUCUAUGAUAAGCAUGGGAAGAUGGCAUCGGAUUAUCAGCACGAGCUGGUGCUCUCAAGUGCCGAGCGAGAGAGGAUUCGGCAAGAAGCUUUCCGAGAAAGCGAGCCUGUGGUCGAUGCUCUGGCAGCUCGAACUAUGGAUGUCCGCAGCAACCACGUUGGGGUCGGGUCGAGCCUUCAUCAACAGGGGUCGCAUCUCGGGGGUGGAGAGGGACUGGCGUACGACAAGGGCGUCGCGCACGGGGACGAAGACAUGGCGAGACAGCUCGCAGAUGAAGAGGAGGACCCCGAUUUGGAUACUUCUCGCGAUGAAAGCCCUCGUGCCAUCGACGACCCGUCCCGCGGUAUCGCCACCAGCGCUGGUGCCUCUUGUGGCAACACGGGCAGCGGUUUCUCAUUCUUGGGCGCUGCCAAUUGCGACCGCGGUUCCUGGAAUCGUGUGAGUGGUGGUAGUGCUCGUGGUCCUGGCGAUACCGGCGUUGCCCGUGGACGUGGUGAUCAGCUUUCGUGGUCGCGGUCGUGGUCGCGGCCAGUGAAGCCACUGAUCACCAACGCACUCUCCCUCUCUCCACCAUUUUCCCCUCUCCUUUUUGCCAAGUUCUAUCUGGUGAUUUCUGGCCGAUUCCAAUAG